AUGAAGGCAUCCCCAAGCCGUGAGCUCUUCUUUCGUGAGCAAACAAUAGCAAAUCUUCGCGUCUUGUUUGGUAACAAUGUUGAUGUCGUGACCUGCAAUAUCGAGGGCAGGGUUGUCGCCCUGGCAUAUAUGGUAGAGGCCGAGGGAGAGCGAAUCGAAGUCAUGCAAAGUUCAGGUUUAGAUGUGACAUAUGCGCUGCGAGCCCUGCAUGCUCUAUCAUCAAAUCGCGUGCGGGCUUAUUUUAUCGACCACAAUCAUCAAGUGACCGAGAAUGAGCUACCAAAAUGCCGCAUCGUCCUGCCCCGGGAACAGGACUCACCGAUCAAAGCCGGUCAACCCACACCUCCGAAAUAUGACGUCUUGUCCCAACACACGGCAGCUCUAAAAGAAGCAGAAGCAAGCUCAGGUGAACAUGCGACAGAACCAAACACGCCGACCACGCAAUGCUUAGAAUCAUCCCAUGUGGAACAAAAGGGCUAUUCUGUCCUCGUGAAUAUAAAGUGUCCCAAUCGCCCUCUUAUCGGUUGUUUAAGGUUUAUCAGGGAACCUAGCCGUCGAGAGAUCCUGAAAGUUAUCUCUCAGAUUAUGUCUGAACAUGGGCUGUCGAACAUGGCGUUUUAUAUGAAGGCUAUGAGUGUCAAGCUGAAUAACUACGUAUAUGACAUCCUUGGUUAUGAGCAUGAUCGCAUCGAAAGCUUGCUUGAUUACGUUGUCGAAACAGAAAAGCUUGCAAAGAUUGAGUGUGUCUAUGAGAUUCCACCAGCCUAA